UAAAACAAGAACACUUCCCUUCUAUGCGCCACCAUGAUUCAAAAAGAAAAGAAAAGCGAACCCUAGCUGACCCCUACCAAUACUAAAGCCACCUCAAAAUAUAUACACUACACCACAAUCCCACAAGACUCAAACAUUUCCACAAACAAUGGAGCAAACCCUCUUCCCUUCUCCUCAUGCAUUGCUAAUUCUCACAAUAUUCUUCUUCCUUUCGCCCUCCAUCGCCGACCAAGCUUGCCAAAAGAGCUGCGGCGACAUCCCGCUGCGUUACCCUUUCAGCAGCGGCACCGGCUGCGGUGACCCACGCUUCCACCCUUACAUCACUUGCAACGACCAUCAACAGCUAACCUUCACAACUCAUACCGGCUGCUACCCCAUCUCCUACAUAGACUACGCCAACCAAGUCCUCUACAUAACCGACCCCACCAUGUCUACUUGCAACUGCAACCAGCCUAGCAAGGGCUUCGGCCUCGACUGGGACGCCCCAUUCACAUUCCAUGGCGAUACCAUCUUCGCCCUACUCGACUGCUCAAGCACCUCUCCUGUUUACUCCCCGAACGGGAUGUUCAACGACCGAAACAACUCGUCUCGGGUCGCUCUUUGCGACAACCGAGGAUUACCCAUUUGUGGAUUCUUGUAUGGGUGCAAGCCAAUUGUUAGCCUCAAUAUUCCAAUCUCUGGAUGCUGUGUUUACACGCCUGUGAAUUUUGGGCCAUCUUUUGAAAUGGACUUGGAGAAGCUUAAAUGCGGUUCUUAUUCUGGGUUUUAUAGCUUUAAUGGUAGAGAGUCGGAUGCUGAUAGCUGGAAAUAUGGAAUUGCUAUCAAAUAUAAGUUUGCAAUUGAUAAUGUUUAUCCAAGUUGGUGUUCAAGUUGUGAACAAAGUGGUGGGGUUUGUGGGUAUUCAGGCCCUCUUGAUUCUUUUAUAUGUAAUUGUCCUCCUGGAUUCAACACCACCACCAAUUGUUUCUUUGGUGACUCUUUCAAUGGCGCUUCAAAGUUUCUUCCAAACCAAAAAUCAUGGAUUUGGCUAGUGGUCGGUUUGAUCUUCAAGGAUUUAAAAUUUUAGAGCUGAAGAAGAAGUUGAUGGGAAAAAUAAAAGUAUUAGUUAAUUAUGUAUUCAAGAAGUUGUUUGUGUUUCCAAAUAAGAUCAAAUUUGGUGUCCAAAGAGCUUUAUUAUUUUAUUAAUGAAUGGAACAUAAAAAAGAGAAGGUAAUGGAAUCAGGUUCCCCUUUUUGUCGAGGAUAAUGAUUCUAUAUCAUCCA